AAUCACACCUCUCUAACUGUCAUUCCCUUCGCGAAUACUUACCAAACAUUUAGGCAUGUAAACAUUCUUUCUGCUUGCAACGCAAUCUAUUUUCAUAAAAGCAUUGGGUUGAACUGAACGAGUUAAUAAUUUUAGCCGACAUCACAACAUAUAGUUCUCAUAACAUCGGUCGACUUGACCAACCGAUAUGGCCCAAGAUCGACCACCGAUUCAUCGACCAAUUCGUGUUGGACUAUGGUGCGUCCCUCGAUCAACCUCAACUGUAUUGACCAAAUGUCUGAGCGCUAUUGACGGAAUGGACGUCUAUCUGGAGAUCUAUUCCUAUGCUGCGCUACUGAGAGGUUACUAUUCCACGUCGACGGGUCGUCAGCUUCCCCUCGACAUCGUCGGCAACGAGGCCGUCUACGAAGAGGCUAACGACAUAUGGGAGAAAAAUGUCGGCUACCGAAUGUCGUCGAGAUGGAUGUCAUAUCAUACCAUCAAGGAAGAUCUGGAAAAUGCCAACGGUGACUACAUUCUACUCAAGGAGAUGGCAUCAAAUCCAAUCGAUCCCCAGUGCCUUCCCGGAGGAUACAAAUACACAUUCCUCAUCCGGGAUCCGACUCGGGUUUACACUUCGGCUAGGAAGAUAGCCGGGUCGAAGUAUGCCGAAGUCGGCAUGAUAUCCUCCGAAGCCGACUUCGAUUUGAUCCGAGAUGACCCGAUCGAUAAUCAACCAAUGAAAUGGUACGAAAACCAGCAUCGGCUUUGGAAGUACGUAAAAGAGAACAUCGAUCCGAACCCGAUUGUUCUCGAUGCAUCCGAUAUCCUAACCCGACCAGGACCGACAAUCCGGGCAUUCUGCACCGCCGUCGGAUUCCCCUACUGCGAUAAACUUCUUCAGUUAAAACCGACGAGUGAAAUCCCAAACAAUUUUGUCACAGCGGGUAAAAACGUCUUCAAGGAGAUGUUUAUGUAUUAUGAGAGAGCUUUUACAAGCACGCGUUUCGUGCCAGAUGGACUUGGAUCUGUACCACGUGAAAGGUUGCCUGAUGAUGUCAUCAAAUGUGUUGAUCAUUCGAUGCCAUUCUAUGAGGAAAUGUUUCAGAGCAAACUAUGUGUUUUGUAAAUUUUGUUUUGCAUCAUCGUCAUCAUCAUCAUCAUCA